CUAUUUUUCUUCCAGUAUUUUUUGCUAAGAGGCACGACAAAAUGAGUUGGAUGCACACCAUCCGUGCCUCUGGUAGAUUUUGGUUAUCGCCAGCUUUAUGCCGAAUAGACAGUACGCCGGCGGGAACUGUGAAGUGUUACUCAACCAAACCGGUACCAGCUUUGGGUGCAAAUAAAGCAUCCUCGACAUCAAGCAACAUCCCAGCCGAGCGCAAGUCAAUCAUUCCGCCAAACUACAGGUAUGUCUAUCAGGAGUUUCUACCAGAUCCGAAGAUCGAGUGGCGUAAUUCAGUCCGCGAGAAACUAGAACGCAAAGACAUGCUGGACCGGCGUGCGAACAUCGACAUCCCAGAGUUCUACGUUGGAUCUGUUCUGGCGGUAACCUCUUCGGAUCCGCACGCCGAAAACAAAACUGCACGUUUCGUUGGUAUUUGCAUACUGCGGGAAAAGUGUGGAUUACGUGCCCGGUUCAUUUUGCGAAACGUGAUCGACCAUCAGGGCAUUGAAAUCAGCUACGACUUGUAUGAUCCUACGUUGCAAAAGAUCGAGGUGCUACGGCUGGAAAAGCGAUUGGACGAAAAUCUGCUGUAUCUUCGCGACGCGCUCGAUGACUAUAGUACGUUCGAUGUAAACAUGGAACCGGAAAUACUACCAGAAGGAGCGCCAGUUCCUGUGAACGAGUUAAAGGUGGUACUAAAACCGAGACCAUGGUACGCCCGGUGGGAACGGCAUAACUUGCAGGGUGUGGCCAACAUCGAUGAGCACACGAACGAACGACGUCGUCGCAAGGCGGAAAUGGUAGCGACACCCUGGGAGAAGUACGACCUCAUGAAGGAAUAUCGACGCAGCAUACCGGAAGAGGAACAAAAGGAGAUAUUCACCGAGAUUUACUCCCAGCUCCACUCUCUUGAGCUAACACGAAAAAAACUGAAGCGUAAACGUACAUUUGUAAAACCAAACAAAUUAGCUUAGUUUCGCCCCCGUUAUGAUUCUAUAUAGCUUUUGAACACGUUCGGUAGUGAAUAAUGCAAUAAAAAACACAGCAAAGUACGAAAACUGAAAUCAUUUUCCUUGUUAUUCUUAGAUGUAGGCUAUGAAACUAAUACCACACUACUUCUGAGGGGGAUAACAGAAACAGUAAGUGUCCCUUUGUGCUGUACCGAUUCUUAUAGUUGUAAAGAUAAUAUUCUGAUUU